UAAAUCUCUUUUUGGGUUCCCAUCCCCAGCUGCGCCCUUCGCAUGACGUCCAUGGAAUGUCUCGUACCUGUACAGUUUCCCGUCACCAUAUACCCGACCUCGAGUUCCUUUUGACUCCUGUCAGGCUGUCACCCACCACACCUGGUGUGUGCGAACCCCCCUCCUGACCAAGCAGUCCGGAUGUUCGUUGUGCUGGUUUAUAUUUAAAUCCUCCCUCGCAACCCCUGGCUUCCCGAAACGGAACGGGAUAUAUAUCCUUAGCUCGAACGGCAUCACUUGGUCCUUACUUUGUUGCGCGCUUGGCCAUUUGGGCUCUUGUAGUGACUUGUUUUACCUGAACCUACUCAUCAGCCAGUACGCGGUUCUUCUAUGACAGACAGUAUUCCGCAUCACUACUCCCUGAUCUGAUAGUAUAUAAGCAUAAGCAUAUAUACCAUUCUGAACAAGGGUUGGUUGGUUUUGGCAUCGUUGAUCACAAUACAUCUCGAAACAUGGCGCCGUUAACGCGCGUAUGCGCCGCGCUCCUCUUCGGCCUGGCGACGGUAGCUACCGCUCUUGAUGCGCCGCCGCUUCCCCUGAAGGCAUCGAGCCGAUGGAUUGUCAAUGCCGAAAAUAAACGUGUCAAGCUCAAGUGCAUCAACUGGGGUGGGCACAUGGAGGUCAACAUUCCCGAGGGCCUCCACAAGCAGCCGGUCGACUUCCUGGCCGGAUGGAUCGCCAACGCGGGCUUUAACUGCGUGCGCCUGACCUACUCGAUCGACAUGGCCCUCAGUCCGGGCCUCAAGGUCAGCGACUCCUUCCGCGCCGCGGGCCCUGCGGCGAAUGUUUCGGCGGAGAGCAUGAGCGACAUGUACAACACGGCUGUUAGCAAGAACCCCUGGCUCGAAUCUGCAUCCAUCAUAGACGCGCACGCCAAGGUGGUUGAUGCGCUCUGGAGCAAGGGCGUCAUGACCAUCAUGGAUAACCACGUCAGCAGGGCCUCGUGGUGCUGCAACCUCGACGACGGCAACGGGUGGUGGGCUUCGGCCCCUGGCUACAACGACAACAACUCGAGGUUCUUCAAGACGGACGAAUGGCUCGCCGGCCUGCAGGCCAUGGCAUCGUGGGCGCAGGGCCACAAGGGCGUCGUCGGCAUGGGCGUACGCAACGAGAUCCGCGAGUUCCUCACCCAGGGCACCUUCAACGGCCGCCAGGACUGGUACGACCAGGUCUCGGCCGCCGCUCGCAUCAUUCACAGCACGCAUCCCGACGUGCUCAUCCUCAUCGGAGGGACACUGUCGUCGACUGAUUUGUCGCACGUUCGGUCUCGUCCGCUUGAUGUCUCGGACUGGAAAGAAAAGCAUGUCUGGGAGUGGCACGCCUAUUCCUUCACGGUCAACUUCCACCCCAUCAUCAAGACGUGCUGGUACAUGAGGCAGCUGUACGGAGCCUUUGACGGCUUCCUUCUCGAACAGGGUAAGCCCUACACCGGCCCGCUCAUCCUGUCCGAGUUCGGCUUCGACCAGAACUCGCCCGACGACUUUUACCUCGGCUGCCUGCGCGACUACGUGGUCGGUAACGACGGCGACUGGGCCAUCUGGGCCCUGCAGGGUAGCUACUACGCCCGCAACAACCAGGCCGACUUUGACGAGUCGUUUGGCGUCCUCAACAGGGACUGGAGCGACUGGAGGAACAGCGACGUCAAGAAUAAGCUGGGCAAGAUGUGGGACACCACACAAGGACCGUAGGUUAGCCUGCCGCGGCUAAUUUAUUCUGACGCAUGGUCUUCGUUUGUUGAAUAAUUCUUCCCUUGGGUAUAUAUCCUUUUUUCUUUCUUUUUCUUUCUUUAGAUUAGGAUUGGUUUGUGUUCUGUAGUCCAUAAUACCCCCUGACUGUCGGCGGACGUCCUUUUCGCUUCUUAAUAUGCAGGUAUACAUACAUAUAUACACGGAUUUUUGUUGCAUAUGCCCUCAAC